AUGAAGCUAUCACUGGUCCUUCUGGGAUUCAAUGCCGUCCAUAACACCGGGAUCGUCUCUGCUGCUCCACUAGACAGCUGGUCAUCCAGGUUUGGUGCGUCAUCGCACGCGGUGGAAAUGUUCAAUGCUGCUAUUGAAUGGAAUGACAAAUACUGGGACAACGAGACCGGCUAUUUGAUCACCUCAACCAGUAGUCCGGGACGCUAUGAUAGUCGGCAUACAGCCUGGUAUGCACCUCAGUUGCUAGCCAGAAACGGACCCGGUGAUGUUGCAAAAGCCGUCCGCAUCUUCGACAAUGUCAUCUCUGGUCAAUAUGUCGAUCCGUCUAAACAGUGGUAUGGGGAUUAUCAACAAGCACCUUCAGAACCGGAGCCUGGGACACUGAAAUAUCCCAAUGAUGGCCCAUACAGCUCGUGGGAUCCAAACAUCCGCGAUUUUGUAGGAUGUGCCUGGAUUGUGGCUUUGAAUGAUUACGGCCAUCUCCUUCCAGCAGCGACGGUCUCCAAGGUGGAAAAGUCCCUGCAGAUCGCAGCCAAGGGUGAUCUCUAUCGUGUCGGGGGAGUUGAUGGCGACAAUUCUUACCCUUGUUACUCCAAUCCCUGGUUGAUGCGAACCAUUCUCCAAAACUGGGUUGGUGCACGAGUCGGAGAUGCAAACUUAACCAGCUCUGGUGAGAAAUUCGCACAGGAAAUCUACGACCUCUGGAGUAUGCACCACACAUUGUCUGAAUUCAAUUCUCCGACAUACGCUGGUGUUGCCAUGUGGGCACUGGCGCUCUGGAACCAGUAUGGGACAAGUGACAGCUUGUUGAAGAAGUAUGGACCGGAGAUGCUCAAAUACAGCUGGAAUGAACUCGCUCAGCUUUAUAAUGCGAAUCUGAAGAAUGUUGCUGGCCCUUGGGAUCGCUCAUAUGGCUACGAUAUGAAGGAGUAUGCAUCUCUUAUUGGUGCUGUUAUUUGGGGUGUUAUUGGCCGCGAACAAGCCCCCGUCCCUCAGCAGGAGCUGGGGAUGUUUCAUCAAGAUGAUUUGGCGUUAUAUCCUCUAUUCGCCCUGUCAAUGCCUGAAAUGGUGAAAUCGCUACCUGCAAAGGCAAAGGAAAAUUUGCUCAAAUUCCCUGGCGAGCAUAUGUAUACCUCGCAGGCUUACUCGCCGCCCUUUGAUACUUAUCCUCGCAAUAUCACUGCUUGGAUGUCCAAGAACGUGACUAUUGGUGCAGAAACUCUUGCCGAGACAGUUGUCGGGGGUCCCAGUAUCAACCCCAGUCAAUUCAAUCCUGCAGUCAUCCAGUGGGCUAUUGAUGAUCAUGAAAUUGGCUGCAUUUCCCAUUGGGUUACAGAAUCAUCUAUUCAUGCUGUGGCCGCCCCUCGGUCUUUGAAUAUCUCAUAUCCAAAUGCAACAUCUACACACGGUCCUGUUUCUUUCAACUUCUUGUUCAGUGGCCUCACAGUCAACAACGGGUUCAAUGUGACUGGACUAGAAGGUCUACCUGGUUUGAACAUCAAGGUCUUGACAAACGCGCAACCUAAAUAUACGAUCACUUACAACACCGAUCACUCUGUCAACGAAUUUGUAUUUUACAACAUCACAUAUACGAUGCCUGAGGGUUUCAUCGGGGUACCAUUUGUGUCUCUUCGAAUAUUCUGA